CCGCGAAGAAGAGUCACGAGAUGAAACACGGAAGUAAAACCUACACUGACUGAAGCAAGACUGGAAAUUUGUUGUUGCAGUUUGAGUCGCUUUGUGAAACACCAAUCUAUCUUUUUCCUGAUACAUUUUUCCUAAAAUGUAAAAAGUGAUCAUGACGCAGGCCGAGAAAGAACAGGACAACGGGAAAGAGAAGGAAAAGGAACGGGACAAGGAGAAAGAGAAGGAGCAGCAGCGCGGAGUGAAGAGACCCAUCGCUCCUGCAGCUAUCCCUGAACCUGCUCAGGAACAAAUACAGAGCAAUUUUGUCAUUGUGAUCCACCCUGGAUCAAGAACGCUUCGCAUUGGCCGAGCUACAGACACCCUUCCUGUCAUUAUCCCUCACGUAAUUGCACGGCGACAUAAGCAGGGCGGACAGGCCAGGCAUGAAGAUGCUUGGCUGCUGAGAGACGGUCUGAAUAAGGCAGAGAGCAGCGAGCAGAGGCAGAAUGGACUGAAAAUGGUGGACCAGGCCAUCUGGUCCAAGAAGAUGUCCAACGGUGUGAGAAGAACUCCUGUGUCUGCUGAACAGGCCAGGGCUUAUAACUGUCAGAUCCGUCCAGCAGUUCUAGACAGCAGCUCAAGAGUGAAGUGGACAAACACAAGCCACCAUCCCAAUUAUCUGGUGGGAGAGGAGGCUCUUUAUGUGAAUCCAUCAGACUGUUACAACCUCCACUGGCCUGUGGUCAGAGGUCAGCUCAAUGUGCAUUCUGGCUCUGGAGGGUCUCUGACCGCAGUGCUGGCCGAUCUCGAGACGCUGUGGAGUUAUGUCAUUCAGAAACAUCUGGAGAUUCCCCUAAAAGAGUUGAAGUAUUACAGGUGCAUCCUGUUGGUCCCUGACAUCUACAACAGACAGCAUGUGAAGGAAAUUGUCAACAUGUUGCUACAUAACAUGGGCUAUUCAGCCAUCAUUGUGCACCAGGAGUCGGUGUGCGCUACAUUCGGCAGCGGGUUGAGCAGCGCUUGUGUCGUGGAUGUGGGUGAUCAGAAGACCAGCAUCUGCUGUGUUGAGGAUGGAGUGUCCCAUCGAAACUCAAGGCUUUGUUUGGCCUAUGGCGGUUCAGACGUGACCCGCACUUUCUUCUGGCUCCUGCAGAGGGCAGGGUUUCCCUACAGAGACUGCCAGCUGACCAGCAGGCUGGACUGUCAGCUCUUGCAGCAUCUAAAGGAGACCUUCUGCCAUCUGGAUCAGGACAUAUCAGGGUUACAGGAUCAUGAAUUUCAGACACGUUUCCCAGAAGCCCCGGCUCUUUAUACCAAAUUCGACUGGGAUGAAAAGUUACAGGCGCCAAUGGGUCUAUUCUACCCAAGCACAUUCGGUAUCGUUGGUCAGAAAAUGACAUCACUACAGCACCGUUCCCAAGGCAACUCGGAAGAUCCCCAUGAUGAACACUACCUGCUCUCCACACAGAGCAAAGGGGACCAGUCCUCUAAAUCUGCAGCUGAGCGUAAGGCUGUUUCCAGGCCAGGCGGAGGUCUGGAUGGUGAACUGAGCUGCCAGGGGAGGAUGGGGGAGAUGUCCGACAUGCCCAGAGGCUGCGGGAGCGGGAGUGCAGCAGGAGGAGGGAUGCUUGGAGAAAUGGAGCUAGGGCCAAGCCAGGGCGAGUGUCUGAUGGGUCCUGGAGAGGCGGAAGAGCCUCUGUCCACACAUCUCUCCAGGAAGACGGCCAUCAUUAGCCAGUUCGAGAGCAAGGCUUUGGGCCUGGACAAGGCCAUCCUGCAUAGCAUCGACUGCUGUGCGUCGGACGAAACCAAACGGAAGAUGUACAGCUCCAUCCUGGUGGUGGGAGGGGGGCUCAUGUUUCACGGCGCUCAGGAAUUCCUGCUUCAUCGCAUCAUCAACAAGAUGCCGCCGUCCUUCAGAAGGCUGGUCGAUAACGUGGAAGUCAUCACACGGCCAAAGGACAUGGACCCCAGGCUGAUUUCAUGGAAGGGCGGAGCAGUGCUUGCGUGCCUGGACACCACGCAGGAGAUGUGGAUUCACCAGAGAGAGUGGCAGCUUGGUGUCAGAAUGCUCCGAGAAAGAGCUGCAUUCGUCUGGUGAAACCCAACCGAGGUCCUGAAGCUAAAACGCACCGUUUAUACAUGAGAAGGCAGACAAGGAAAGGGACAAAUUGAAUAUCAUUUGGUAUGUAUAGUUGCUCUGGUUGAUGUUUAUAACCCAGGAUGUAUAAUGUCUUUUAUAGAGUUUUCAUUGCUCUGUAAAGAUUCCUGUUUUCCCAUUUUCAUGCAGGAAGUGUAAAUAAACUCUGUCUCAUUUGAAGAAAAAUGA